UCCGCCCCCACCAUUUCCUGGCUGGCAGCCUGCCUGAGUAUCACUUGUACACUUUGCUCAUCUUCGCAGCAGAGGAGACUAACAACAACCUCACUUGCGCUCCGAACGGAUCUCUGGUUAUAACCCGCUUUGGCGUUCGUUUCUCCUGGCGCACGUUAAAGUCGACUACCCAAUUUACGGUCGGUUGCACGAUGGAGGAACUUCACGACGUCCAGCUAACAGAGAUCAAACCCCUGCUGACGACACAGAAUGGCAGAAACCUACAGGACUUCAACUGUCAGGAGUACGAUGUGGAAACCGCUCACUGUGCAUUGCAUGUGACCAUGAGAGGCGUCGCUAAGGGCAACCGGCCCACCAUCCUCACCUACCAUGAUGUCGGACUCAACCAUAAGUCGUGCUUUAAUAGCCUGUUCAACUACGAGGACAUGCAGGAAGUGACUCAGCACUUCUCCGUUUUGCAUGUGGAUGCACCAGGCCAACAGGAGAACGCACCCACCUUCCCCAAUGGGUACCAGUAUCCAUCUAUGGACGAACUGGCUGCCAUGUUGCCGUCGGUUCUCACACAACUUCAGAUCAAAAGCGUGAUUGGUAUUGGAGUCGGCGCUGGAGCUUACGUCCUCACCAAACUGGCUUUGAAUGAGCCCAGUCUGGUGGAGGGUUUAGUUCUGAUCAAUAUCGAUCCCUGCGCCAAGGGCUGGAUGGACUGGGCCGUAGCCAAGCUGAGCGGCUGGACCAGCAACCUGGUGGAUAUCAUCAUGGCACACCACUUCAGCACCGAUGAGUUAACAGAGAACAAAGAGCUCAUCCAGACUUACAGGCUGCACAUCUCUCAGGACAUUGCGCUGGACAACUUGGCAUUGUUUUACUGCAGCUAUGACAGCCGGACAGAAUUGCAGAUGGAGCGUCCCAUGCCUGGUUUAAACGAUGAGACAGUCAACACACUCAGGUGCCCUGCCCUGCUGGUAGUUGGAGAUACUUCACCGGCUGUCGAUGCCGUGGUGGAGUGUAAUUCCAGACUGAACCCAACCAAGACCACACUACUCAAGAUGGCAGACUGUGGCGGACUUCCACAAGUGGUGCAGCCAGGAAAACUGUCAGAGGCCUUCAAGUAUUUUGUGCAGGGGAUGGGCUAUAUGCCCACAGCCGGCAUGACCCGCUUGGUUCGCUCCAGGACUCACUCGGCUUCCAGCGUGGGCUCCGGCGAUGGCGUUCGGACUCGCGCUUCCACCAACACGCUCCCCGAGGGUGGUGCGGCCCCCAGCCCCUAACCCCAAAGGGGUCCAAACAGCUCUCUCCUCUUCUCUCCAGCGCCGACUUCUUACCUCCCACCGAGAAGCAGCUGUGCAGUUUAGCCGUCGUUGUCGUUCGCAUCCCUCUCCCAUUAGCCGAGCGGAUUCUCCCAAUGAGGCGGAGGAAAAGGCGAUCUUGACUCGCUCCCUCCCUCCAGCCCUGCAGUCGCCGUGGUGAUGCUGUAGAUGGCGUUCACGUGAGGUGUUGUUUUUUUAUUGAAUGGCAGCUUGUUCCUUCGAGCUUCAGUUUGAUGGUGUUUCAGUUGUUAUUUUUUAUUGUAGCGCUGUGAAUCCCUUGUUGAAUUGUUGAUUUUAAUCAUUGUUCUUCAAACGUACAAGUUCUCGUAUGAGGGCCUCAACAUGCCCCAAAAGUUUGUUUUUUGCAGGAAAGGGACAUGUCUUGAUGAAAUGUAAUUACUUUAUUGAGCUGAGGCACAUAAUCUACAUCAGAAAAGAACUCACAAAAUCCACAAAACUGAAAUGUCACAAAAAAGUACAUAUACAGAAAUAAUGACAAUAAUUUACUCA